AUGAGUGUGAAUAAAUCAAUCGUUAUCCAAAAAGAAAGACUUGCCAAGUUAUUCAAAGCUGAGAGUAAUUACAAAAAGAGUCCAAAGGACAGAAUAACACGAGGAUAUAUAGAAACUAGACUAGAAAAUGUUGAUGCUUUAUGGAAAGAAUUUAAUCAGGAGCAUUUCAAUAUUUACGGUUUAGCAACUACAGAAGAAAUCAAAACUCAGGAGUAUUUUGUUAAAGGGAUAUACGAUAUUUUUGAAGAAACUUACACUCACUUCAAGGGCUGUUUGAAAGAGGCUCUUCGUGGAACGGGAGAUGUCUUCGAGGAAGCCCAAGGGUCCAUGGAAUCUCAGUCUGUCGUAGAAAAACACAGGUCCAGCGAAGUCAAAUUACCAAAAAUCGAGUUACCAAAAUUCUGUGGUAAAUAUGAAGACUGGCAGCAAUAUUUUGAUCUUUUUACCUCACUUAUACACAAGAACCGUAGCUUGUCCGCUGUAGAAAAACUGCACUAUCUUAAAAGUACUUUAUCAGGCGAAGCGGAAGUUCUUAUAAGAAAUUUGCCCACCACGGAUUUAAAUUACGACGCUGCCUGGAAAAAAUUGAUAGCUCGAUACAACAACAAAAGCAAACCCUCAUCACCUGAUUGGUCAGAAAUCGAGAACCUAUCACUGGCCGAUCCAGGAUUUAUUUCACCUGGUAGAAUCGACGUUUUACUAGGAGCCGAAGUAUACGGCGACAUCAUUUUGAAUGACAUCAUCAAACACCCAGAGGGACACUUAUUAGCACAAAACACUAUCUUUGGGUGGAUCAUUUCAGGUAAGGUGCCGCAAGGAGCACCAACUGAUGUCACAAAAAUGGUAAGUUUAAAUAUUCAGGUCAAAGAAGACUUUUUACUCAAACAGUUUUGGGAGUUAGAAAAUGAGCUAAACUCAAUUCAAAAGAAACUCAGCAAGAUGAAAGAAAAAUGUGAAGAGUUUUUUGAUUUAACUACUUCUAGAAACAAGGAAGGUAGGUUUGUGGUUAGAUUGCCUUUUAACAGCGAUGAUCCAGAGUGUCAAUACGGAGGGUUGAAGGAGAUAGCACAGAAAAGAUUUUAUCUUUUGGAGAAGAAGCUACAGAAAAACCCGAAAUUAAAAGAAGAAUAUGGUAAGGUAAUGCAAGAAUAUCUGGACCUGGGUCAUAUGAGGGAAAUAAAGGACGAAACAAUUCAUCCAAAGGCAGUGUAUUUUCCACAUCACGCCGUAGUAAGGGAAGAUAGGGAAACGACAAAAUUACGUGUUGUUUUCGACGCAUCAUGUAAAGGCGCGAACGGCGUUUCGUUGAAUGACAACCUCCUUAUCGGGCCCAAACUACAGCAAGAUUUAAGGCACAUUUUGAUGAGAUGGCGAAGAUUCCCAAUAUGUAUAGUUGCAGACAUAGUCAAAAUGUACCGGCAGGUACGUAUACACGAUGACGACACACGCUUUCAAAGGAUAUUAUGGAGAUUCAACCCAGAUGAACCACUGGGCCAAUUCGAGUUGCUCACACUCACCUUUGGAACAGCAUGUGCACCUCAUCUAGCAGUAAAAUCACUGCAACGUUUAGCAGACGAUGAACAACUCAACUACCCUACAGCAUCAGAAAUCACGAAACGAGAUUUCUAUGUCGACGAUUUAAUGACAUGCUGUGAAACAGAAGAAGAAGCUAUUCAAAUUUAUACUGAAAUGAACAAGCUAAUGGAAGCGGGCGGUUUUCAAUUACAGAAGUGGAGUAGCAACAACAAGGUAUUGCUCCAGUUCAUUGAUCAAUACAAUCAAAAACCGGCUCCAUCAAUUCACAUUAAGGCUGACAACAUGGUUAAAGUUCUGGGCAUUUGUUGGAACAGAGAUUCAGACGAAUUUCAAUAUACAGUAGAGUUACAUGAAGUUAAUAAAUCACCAACAAAGCGCCAGGUGUUGUCUGAUAUUGCUCGUAUAUACGACCCAAUGGGUUGGAUUGCUCCAGUUGUUUUAACUGCAAAGAUUUUCAUUCAAAAAUUGUGGAAGUCUGGGUUGUCUUGGGAUGAUGAACUUCCUGAAAAUUUGUUACACGAAUGGCUCAAAUACAAAGCUGAACUCUCAGAACUGAAAACCAUAUUUAUUCCAAGAUGGCUAAAUUUUAAUCAGGGUUGUGAAGUUGAACUGCAUGCCUUCGCAGACGCAUCUCAAAUGGCUUACGCUGGAGUGGUGUACUUUCGAACAAUAAACUCUAAUGGCGAAAUUCACGUACACUUACUUACUUCAAAAACAAAAGUAGCUCCGAUUGAGAAACAAUUAUCAAUUCCAAGAUUGGAAUUAUGCGGAGCGGUUUUAGCUGCAAAAUUGCUUAACGAAGUGGCACAAGUUAUGAAUGUACCUAAGCAUAGGCUCUACGCAUGGACAGACUCCACCGUUGUUUUGGCGUGGCUUCGUGGAUUGCCAUCAAGAUGGACAACCUUCGUUAGCAAUAGAGUAUCGGAAAUUCUUAAUAUUAUAGAUAGUAGUCAGUUUAAUCAUGUUGGUACGAAGUUCAACCCCGCGGAUUGCGCAUCCAGAGGGCUACAACCAUCUGAUCUCAAAAGAGAGAAGCUCUGGUGGAGUGGACCAAUAUUCCUUUAUGAAAGAAAUAUAACAUUUUCAAAAUUAGACUACACAACACAAGAAGAAACAAGAGCUAGUAAUUCACAGAAAAUCAAGACUUUAGUUGCACUGAAAAAAAGAAGACGAAAAUCAACACUUGAUAGAAGAAGAAAAGAAUUUCUUUUGGAGUAA